AUAAUCUACAGAUAACGAUUAUAAAGUCAACCAAAUAUCAUCAUAAUUAUACAAAUUGUCAGUCAGUAGUUCAUUCAGAUUCAGACAUGUUGCGUUUUCUGGUGUUGUUUUGUGUCCUGUUUGUGGGCAUCCAGGGCCAGUCUACGCAAGUCUCGGCAUGCACUUCAAACAUCGGCUCGCUCCCCCUGAACGCGUACAUCGAAGGCUGCAUCACACCCCCGUGUAACCUGCCGCAGCUGGAAGACGUGGUGAUGCACAUAGUAUUUAGAGCACCUCGCACCAUGCGAACGAUGAGGACCUUGGCCACUGCCUAUCUCUCGGGGGGCAUCAUCACCCUCCCAGUUCCCUACGACCUUGGGGAGAACGCCAUCACCUGCAACUUCCUGAACAACAGCUACUGUCCAGUGCUGGAGGGAGAGGUCUUGCAGUACACGCUGAAGAUGAGAGUGGAGUCAUUCAUGCCUGUGGGUACGGCUGCCCCCAUAGAGUUCCGGGUGGUGGGAGAAACCAACAGCGACGCCGUCUUCUGCAUCAGGGUCCCCAUUGUCGUGACAGCACCACUGAACGCUUAAUUUAUUUUAAUGUUAUAUGUUUCAAAUAUUUAAAAAUGCAUAUCGCUUUUUUUUAAUUUCUUGGUUGUGCCCAGUUUCACCAUCUUAUCUUAGUACAAUUGAUAUUUUUUAAUUAUUUUUGCGUUUUGCAUAUUCUGCCAUCUUAGGACUUUACAUUAAAACAUCAUCUAAUUUACAUAAGUAUUAUAAUUUUAUACCACAUUCAAGUAAAAACCGUUUUGAUAAUAAA